GUAUCGAAACCGUCAUGGCAUUGCCUUGGGCGUCGAGCAACAGUGAAAUACUCAUAGUCUAGGUCACGCUACGUUUCAAGUCUCGUUUCCUGUAAGCAGACAGGAUCCUAGAGGAUCUUAAGACGUUCAAGUCAAUUGUUUCAGAGCCAACAAUAUUUACUCACACCGAAAACGUGGAUUUACAACCAGCCGGUUAUUCAGCAGUUACUCAGGUACCUCGGAUUAACAUUUGAAGAGGUGUAGGAACAGGGAAGACAAUGGCAGAGAAGGAAGAAGUUGUGAUGACCCCAUCCAAGAAGGGGAAAGCAACACAUAUUAAGAUAGAGAGGGUGAAGAAAUUAAACCUGGAUAAAGUGGCCCAUGUGGCUGGGGGACAGCACAAGGGACUGGUGAUCAACAAGGAAGCGCAUGAAGAUGAUCCUACAUUGGAGAAACCUCAACUACAGCUGGGAUUUAUUUGCUUCCUUGUGGAUCAGAAAACAGGCGGACAUGCUGUGGAAAGUCGGAAGCUCAAAUUCUGGUACAGGGAUGACACAGAAUAUCUAGACCAAGUAACCACAGCUUACGAGUUCUUCAAAGAACUGGUCAAACCCGAGAAUUUUCCUAGAGACUAUGUAGGAUUUAUCAAGAAAUGUAUGAAACAGAUGCAGGAUGAGAAAUAUCACCAUGCCAGGAAGGUAGAUGUGGAAUUGGAACAGCUGUCUGAUGAGGAGGCACCGUUGAGUCCAGGUGGCAAAAUUGUUAUUGAACUAGGGUUAGAGGCGGAUUAUUAUGGCUUUAAUAAAGAGGAUACAAGGUCUCAGGAAGAAAUUGUUCGUGAAAAGAUCCUCCAGGUUCUGGAAUCUGCGUAUCCCAAUAUCCUGGUCGUUGAGGAUAUAAUUAGAAUCAUUAACGCUCCAGAGGCCUUGGUGUAUCAACUACUGCGAGAGUUACAGGAUGCACAGCUUGUUCAAGAAAUGGAAAAUGGCGGCUUCGUCAGACACGUACUUGAUGAGCAAACAGAGGUGCAAAUGGUUAAACAGAUGCCCACAAUUGCUGCCAAUCAGCAGCCCACAGUGGCCAUCAUCUCGGCCAUGUACUAUGAGAAGUUAGCCGUGGAUGCCAUGAUGGAGAAUAAAACCUCCUACAUGCGAUUCAAGAUGGAGGGUGAAUCUAACGUGUACACAAUUGGUUAUAUUGGAGAACAUAAAGUUGUUUCCACGAAGCUGCCAGCCGUAGGAUUCCAUCGUGCAGCUCAGAUUGCCACUGGUAACACCACAACCAGGUUGUUGGGUACAUUCCAGAAUGUAGAGCAUGUGUUCCUGGUGGGUGUGGCUGGAGGUGUACCCCACUACACUGACUAUUACAAGCAUGUGCGUCUCGGCGAUGUUGUGUUGUCAAAGGUGGACCCGGAUAACAAACUGUACUACUUCUGCAACAAGGUCACUCAGGAUAAGGCAGGUAACCCUCACUUCAUCAACAAGUCGUGGUCGCCCCGAGACCCCAUCCUCCAGCAGGUGGCCUCUCGGUUACAGGAGAUGAAUUACCACAACCCUGACUUUGCCCCUUGGGAGAGGUACAUGGCUGAAGGGGAGCAACUCCUGGCCGGUCAGCAAGUGAGCUUCAGCCGGCCAGAACCCAACACUGACCGCCUCUACAUGGACAUAGGUGACCAGAACAUCAUAGAGGUGCAGCACCCAAUGCCACCAGAUGGCGUCAUGCCCAACAAACCAGGUGUGCCCGCUUUUCACUUUGGUACAAUAGGCUCUGGCCGACCUGUGGUCAAAUCUCACAGUCUGAGAUUGGACUUUGCCGCCAGAUACGACGUACGCGCGUUCGACACAGCGUUUGAUCAAGUACUGGACUCCAUUGAGGGCAAUAGGAAGGACAGUUAUAUGAUCGUCCGUGGGAUUGCUGACUAUGUAGAUGGGGACAAGCACAAAGAAUGGCAGCCGUAUGCAGCCCUGGCAGCUGCUGCCUACACCAAGACAAUGAUAAAGGCCUUGUCCAAUCCUCAGAUGGAUGAUUACUGAGCCUCCGCGGCUGGGCCUCUGGGCCUCUGUGAACACUGUGUAUUAUCUCAUCUUUCAUCAGGCUUAUCUCAUUCCCAUUACAUGAUACCUGACCCCUAACUCUCUGAGGGUCAGACAAAGUCUUCUUGUCCAAGCUUCAUGAAUGCAAACAAUGGAAAAGUGCCAGAAACUUGCAGAGCUGCUCUCACGUUAGUAAGUUUUGGUUACAGUAUCACUCAACAAUCAGCAGUUUCUUAUACAUCUUUCAUUAAUCAGUUAUUAUUUAAUGUAUAUUCUUAAUCAAUAUCUGUUUCAAAAAAAAAUUCUUGCCCAGAUAUAAAGGAUUAACAUUUAAUACGACGAGAUUAAUCUAUGCAGUUUUUGCCUGCACAACCCUGAAGCAAAUAUUAAAAAUGGAAUAGGAUUAUAGCUUGCAAGGCACAUGUAUAGUACUGCUAUCCAUGAUUUUGUACACAUUUCAAGGUGGUUUUCUUUGAAUUUGUAAAUUGAUUCAUUUGGAAUUUAUUUGUAAGGCUAUAUAGAGUGGAUUUAUUGACUUGUAAAUGAUCACAGUUGUAUGUGUACUUUUUAAGAUGUAAUUUCAUUUCCAUAACUGUGUUCCUUCUGACAUUGAUGGAUGUAACACAAUCCCUGAAUGGCUAAGGAUCAUUGUCUCAUCCAACCACAGCUUGCCUUCUGUCAGCAACGUGUAAUCUUGAAUAUAUAUAUAUGUUAGACGUGAUAACAGCUAUUCCAAAACACCAACAAAGCCUUCAACUAUUGGUUAUGAGAACAUUGUUCUGUUUCAGUUUUAUUACAACUUUGUUGUAGAUGUUCAGGUUUUGUUCUGUACAAUGUUCAUGUUGUGAGGCCAUAGUGCAUUUUUUGAGAAGUUUAUAAUAAAAGUUUUUACAUAAUUUGAAUGUAUAUAUCAAUUAUAUACAAAUAAUAAUGGUAUACUGUGUGUGCUGUUGAGGACAUUGCGUUACAUUUUAUAUAGUUUAAAUAGUUAGUGAUUCUGACCGGCUGUGUGAAGAACUACAUUCCACAUUGACGCUUUGUUUUCUGCAUUUGUACAAUAUGUAUCUAGAUGUACAGGAUGUUCCAAGCAGCUCAUUUGUCCCUUAGUAUGAAAACAUCUUUAUCCCAACCACGGAUACGCAUUUUGAUGAAAUGAGAUAAAAGGUUGAAUACUAACUAGAGGGCAGAGCUGGGGCUUCUGUGUAUAGAUCAUUACUUAUUUCCUGUAGUUCUGAUAACAAUUGUUUGUCUGCUUUAACAUUUUCAACAUCUGCUGGAAUAAAAAAAAAAGGACAAGCAAUC